CCAAAGCACCUUAACAAUAAUAAUUGUAAGUAGAUCUUACCUUUCAUCACCAUCACUAUACGACCAUAUUAUAGUCAAAACUGAGAAGUACCAUCACGAAACUCGAACUAGAACUCGAACAGCGACUCGAAUUUAAGCUGUUAUUGAACCAUUUGCACUCCACAUCAGCUUACAAUUGAAGAACUGGAAAGAGCGCGAUCCCAAACCCAAAGCUAUUGUUGAACUGGACUUGGAGUAGAUGAAAUAAUCCAUACAUUUUUUGCGCAUCCCAUCGAUUCACAGCAGUCUGCGGUCAUGGCAUUUAAUGGCCCUAUCAAUGAGAAUUAUCCGAUGCCCAGUGCGGCGGACAGUGCUACUGUAUCGCAUGUUCAAAAGGGCUUCAAGAUCAGUGCGCGCAAACUUCCAAUAUCGAAAUCAGGCCCAAUAGACGAGAUGUCCGAGAAGCUUGGCAUACCCGUUCCAGAGAUGAUUUUUGGCGAUAAUAUGGUUGCAAUCGAGCACCUAGCAAGUGGAUGGCGCAUGGAAUUUAAUGCAUGCGAUGCUCUGGACCGAGUUGACAAGACGGACAAGAAUAUGUUAAAAGUAGCUUAUUCGAAGCAGUGGUCAAGCAGCAGGUAAUAUUUCAAAUGUUUCAUUGCGCACCAUUCAGGACUAACAUGGUUCAGGGAGAAGACCCACGAAGGUAUUAAAGAAAUUGUCAAGCCAUUUGACUGGUCGUACACAACAGAUUAUAAAGGCACUAUAACAAGUGGUAAACCGUUUGCACUGGAUAACUCCGAUCCAAUACCUAUUGCACUUCUCAAACGUCAAGAUCCUAUCCUGUUCUUCGAAGAAGUUGUCUUAUACGAGAGUGAGCUAGACGACAAUGGAAUAUCCGUGUUUUCUUGCAAAUUACGGGUUAUGCCCGAUCGAAUGCUUCUCCUGUGCAGAUUGUUCAUGAGGCUCGAUAAUGUUCUCAUUAGGAUUAGAGAUACUAGAAUAUAUGUCGACUUUAACACAAGUAAAGUGAUCCGGGACUAUACUGAGAGAGAGGAUGCAUUUGACAGUGUCAAAAAGGUGACUUGGCCAUCAUUUAUCCGAUGACUUUACUAACUUUCAGUAGAACCUUCUUUACUCUGGAAAGCUCCCGGAUGAUCUUACUAUAGCCAUGCGUGAUCCAAAUCAGAUCGCACAGUUAGUACCUGAAGUUACCCAUACGAUCGAAAAAUUGACGCUUCCUUAAGCUCUAUUCCCGAUACAGAUUCGAAUAUUUCCUGAGGAAUAAUGAGAUGUCAGUUAAUGGGUACAAGAGAGAUCAUAGGAUUGGCGCCAGGCCUACUAUCCCAAUCCAUCAUCCUCGGGAUGAACUUGCCAUGAACUGAUAUGACACUUAGAAUACAAUACUUGUGAUUGAUUCUUUGACAUUUUGUCUUUGCUGCACAAGAGUAAAGCUCAUGGUAAGUCCAAUAUUUGAUCCGCGGUUACUCUAGAUACAGGAAAUCUGAGGCGAUGAAACUCGUGGGGACGUCCAUCAGAGCCAUCAAUUCAACAGCCUAACCUGUCUGGUAUUAAAUGGGUGUAUAUCGAAGGGUCUCCUGUUGCAUAAGAAAUAUGAUCAGAAGGGGUUUGAGAAAGGAGUGGAAAGGUUCGAACUCCAUAGACAUCUGAGAUGGGCUGGUUAGUUGUAUAGCUUGAAUCUGAAUGAAAACUGCUACGUACGGAGUUGCUCCAUCAGACUUU